CAAAGGCACAUGACCUUUUGUGUCUUUAGAUGGAAACAUUAGCCAUAAGAGUCAUGGGAUGCAAUGAUAUCUGGAAGCACAGUAUCUUCUAUAAGCUCAACAGGCUGCGGAGCAGCUAGCUACCUCUGCCUUCUUAGGACUGGAAAUAGAUUUCUCUAAGAAGUAGACGCCAGAAGACUGCUGCAGAGAGAAGCCAUGAAUUGACUGGGCAAACUACGUUGUAGUACGUGGCAAAUUAAAGUCAGAUACUCUGUUCCUGAUUGAAGAAGUGUACAAAUCAUGGAAACUCUGAAUUUAUCAAAGCCAAAAUUUGAAUUUACUUUGCCCACAAUAUCCUCUGAGGCGAAUGCUUCCCCAAAUAACUGAGUGAUGCCGACGAACAGUUCUACCUCCCAUUAGAGGUAAACGGUUUUGUUUUUUUUCCUGUUUUGCUGAAUAAACUACGUUACUUCCUCUUCUAGCUGUACAAGCCUGCAGUUCACUACAGGAUAUCUGGGUAGAAAGGAAAUCACAUGCAAAGGCUUUUCGUAUGGAAGGAACAUGAGUGCUCAAGAUGGGAAGUAACAGCACAAACAGCAUGAUAAUAAAGUGCACUGAUCUACAAAUGCUGUGUCAGUACUCCCUCUUUGCAGGCACUUUUAUCUUUGGGCAGGAGCCGUAAUUCCACAGUUUACCUUGAUGAGCAUAUUGAGGUAUUCAAGAUGGGCAGCAAUAGUACCAGCACCGCUGAGAGUAAUUGCAGUGUCACUCAUCUGACAUUUCAAUACUCUCUGUAUGCAACCACCUAUAUCUUCAUAUUCAUCCCGGGUCUCCUGGCUAACAGUGCAGCCCUGUGGGUCCUGUGCCGCUUCAUCAGCAAGAAGAAUAAGGCCAUCAUUUUCAUGAUCAACCUCUCAGUAGCGGACCUUGCUCACGUCCUGUCCUUACCUCUCCGGAUUUACUAUUAUAUCAACCGUCACUGGCCGUUCCAGAGGGCCCUUUGCCUGCUGUGCUUCUAUCUGAAAUAUCUCAACAUGUAUGCCAGCAUUUUUUUCUUGACAUGCAUUAGCCUUCAGAGGUGCCUCUUUCUCCUCAAGCCAUUCAGAGCCAGAAACUGGAAGCGUAGGUAUGACGUGGGCAUCAGUGCUGCCGUCUGGAUCGUUGUGGGGACUGCCUGUUUGCCACUUCCCAUCCUGAGAAGUGCUGGCUUAGCCAAUAAUAGUGAAUCCUGCUUUGCUGAUUUAGGGCUUCAUGACAUUAGUAUGGCUUCCUCCAUUGGCAUGGUAACUGCUGCUGAACUUGGAGGGUUUGUAUUACCCGUUGCAAUUAUUACAUACUGCACAUGGAAGACCAGAAAAUCUUUACAGGAAUUCCAAGAUCCACCUCAGAAUAUUAAAGAGAGGAAAAAGGCUCUGAGAAUGGUUCUCAUGUGUGCAGUGGUAUUCAUAGUGUGUUUCACUCCUUACCAUCUCAACUUCCCGUUCUUUAUGAUGGUAAAGCAACAUGUCUUCUUGAACUGUUCCUUUAUUAAGAGCACUCUAUGUUUCCACAUCAUUUCCUUGUGUCUUGCAAAUCUGAAUUGUUGUCUUGAUCCAGUUGUGUAUUAUUUUAUGACUUCAGAAUUUCGUGACCAAUUUUCAGAACAUGGCAGUUUGGUAAUCCAGUCAUGUUUGCGUUGUAAGGACAGAACUUUGGAAAUUCCUCAGAGGAAGGAGAAUCUUCAGACUAUUUCUCUGGAAUGUUUGGAUGUUCCAACACAAUGCGAUGAAGUAAUUAUCUAGAACAACCUUUAUACUCUGACACUUUAGCCAUUUCAAAGUGAUACUGGAUGCCAUGAAGAAACACGGCCACUUCACUCAAAAUAAUUUGUGUAUAGGCAUUCUCUUUGCCAAGAAUGUUUGUGGAACAUGACUGUUUGCCUUGACAUAAAGUGACAAUUGACAGAAGGAAUUUCACACCUGUUCCUCAGGAAUGGACUCAAUAUUUUCAUGUUUAACUGAGAAAAACAAAAUAUAUUAAAAUCUACUGGACAUGUACAAGUUAUCCACAUGUUGAAAAAUCUACAUCAUAAUAUGACCAAAACUUUAUUUAGAAAACAUGCACUACUUGAGCCAAUUGGGUUACAGAGCGAUAACUUUUCAUAUUAAUAUGAAUUAUGGAAAUUAACAUUAUAACUUAAAAUAUCUCUAAGAUUUUCUUUUUCCUCACCUUGAAGAAAAAAGUAUCACUUCAGAUGAACCUGUCAAAAUUACCAUGGAAACCACAGGCAAUGAAAAUACCUUAAAUAGAAUUGUCCUCUAUAUAUGUAACAAACUUGAGGUUAAAGGCUUAAAAUGGAAACUCUGAAUGGCUGUGAGUUUGUGAUAUGAUGAUAUUUUUGUUUACUGGCAUUAAUGGGGAAAUAUUCUCAUCUAUCUGUUUAUUAAAAAUCAACCUGGCUAAGCGAUUGUUUCAUAUGUAACUUUACUUGAUACAUUUCAAUCAAAAGAUUAAUGAAGAAUCACCUAAUAUA